CUCCGUUCUCCGGGGCUGGGCUGGGCUAGGCGGGGAUUGGCUGCCAAGGCUGCCUUAGCCGGAGCGCAAAGGACCGCUGCUCUGCCUCCUUCCUCCUCCCUUUCCUCCUGCAUCCCUUGGCCAGCCUUGGAGAAGGCGAGGAAUUUCCAGCAGCCUCUUGCAGAUUCAAGAAUUCAUGAAUUCCCCACAUGUGGAUCCGUGACGGGAUCUGCUUCUCCACCACGACAGCAAGAUGGCAAACGUUUCUCCAGCUAAGCUGGAUAACAUGGAAGCCCAGCAACAGCAGCAGCAGCAGCAACAACAACAAAAUAACAACACUCGGUGGGAAAAUACAGAGCAUCACCAUCCCCACCGAACCUGGGAUGAGACCACUGCCACUGCCAAACUCUUCGAAUGCUCUCGGAUCAAAGCAUUAGCUGAUGAACGAGAUGCUGUCCAGAAGAAGACUUUCACCAAGUGGGUCAACUCUCACCUGAGCCAAGUCUCCUGUCGAAUCAAUGACCUCUACACAGACCUGCGGGAUGGCUACAUGUUGACAAAGCUGUUGGAAGUUCUGUCUGGAGAGCAGUUGCCCAAGCCAACACGUGGCCGGAUGCGGAUCCACUCCCUGGAAAACGUGGAUAAGGCACUGCAAUUCCUGAAGGAGCAGCGAGUCCACCUGGAGAAUGUGGGCUCCCAUGACAUUGUUGAUGGCAACCAUCGUCUGACGCUGGGCCUGAUCUGGACCAUCAUCUUGAGGUUCCAGAUCCAGGUGAUUAAAAUUGAAACCGAAGACAACCGAGAGACCCGCUCAGCCAAGGAUGCCUUGCUGCUCUGGUGCCAAAUGAAGACAGCAGGGUACCCCGAAGUCAAUAUCCAGAACUUCACUACCAGUUGGAGGGACGGGCUAGCUUUCAAUGCCCUCAUCCACAAGCACAGGCCGGACGUCAUUGAUUUCAGGAAGCUAACCAAAUCCAAUGCUGCCUACAACCUCCAGCAGGCCUUCAACACAGCAGAGCAACAGCUGGGCCUUGCCAAACUGCUGGAUCCGGAAGAUGUUAACAUGGAGCAUCCUGACGAGAAGUCCAUCAUCACUUAUGUCGUCUCCUACUACCAUUACUUCUCCAAGAUGAAGGCCCUGGCUGUAGAAGGGAAGAGGAUCGGGAAGGUGCUAGAUCAAGUCCUGGGGAUUGAGAAGAUCAUUGAACGCUAUGAGUCUCUGGCCAGUGAGUUGCUGGAGUGGAUCGAGCUCACCAUUGCCAUUAUCAGCAACCAGAAGUUCGCCAACUCUCUCGCUGGGGUCCAACAGCAAUUGCAAGCCUUCACCGCUUUCUGCACGCUAGAAAAGCCUGUGAAGUUUCAAGAAAAGGGGAACCUGGAGGUCUUGUUGUUCUCCAUCCAGAGCAAACUCCGAGCCAACAACCGCAAGCUCUACAUCCCCAAGGAGGGAAGGAGCAUCUCUGACAUCAACAAGGCCUGGACCAGGCUGGAGAAGGCUGAACAUGAGCGAGAGGUGGCCCUCCGCAAUGAGCUGAUCCGCCAAGAGAAGCUGGAGUUGCUGGCCCAGCGCUUUGACCACAAAGCCAUCAUGCGAGAAACCUGGCUGAAUGAGAACCAGCGACUCGUCUCUCAGGACAACUUUGGUUAUGACCUUCCUGCGGUGGAGGCCGCCAUGAAGAAGCACGAGGCCAUUGAGGCAGACAUCUCCUCCUACCAGGAGCGCAUCCAGGUGGUGGUGGAGUUGGCCCAAGAGAUGGAGUCAGAGAGCUACUAUGACAGCAAGCGGAUCAAUGCGCAGAAAGACAAUGUGCUGCGCCAGUGGGGACUCUUGACAGAGCUGGUCAGUGCCCGGCGAGCUCGGCUGGAGCAGAAUUUGGCCCUUCAGAAGAUCUUCCAGGAGAUGGUCUACAUGAUUGACUGGAUGGAUGAAAUGCAGGCCCAGCUGGCAUCCAAGGACUUUGGGAAACACCUUCUGGAAGUGGAAGACUUGCUACAGAAGCAUAGCCACCUGGAGGCUGACGUCUCUGCACAGAGUGACCGUGUGCAGGCCCUCAAUGUCGCAGCCCUCAAAUUCUCAGAGUUAGAAGGCUACCAGCCUUGUGACCCCCAGAUCAUCUGCAACCGGGUGAACCACGUCCAAAGCUGCCUAGAGCAGCUACAGGAGCUGGCAGCCAAGCGGCGGAAGGAGUUAGAGGCCUCCCGCCAGCUGUGGUCCUUCUUCCAAGAGAUGGAAGAGGCAGAAGCCUGGGCGCGGGAGAAGGAGAGCAUUCUGUCCUCCUCGCAAGGCUACGGCAAGGACCUGAACAGCGUAGCCAAGCUGCUGAGCAAGCACAGCAUCCUUUUGGGUGAGCUGGGUGGGCGGCGCUCCUUGCUACAGACAGCCAUGAGGCGAGGGGAACAGAUCCUCCUGCGGAAACGCUUUGGCCCCAUCAACAUCCAGGAGAAGAUCCGGGAGGUGCGCCUGCGCUGGAAGAAGCUGGAGGAACUCUCAUCAUCACACCUCCAGAAGCUGCAAGAGGCCCUGAGCUUUCACCAGUUCAGUGCCGAUACUGAAGACCUAGUGGUCUGGCUGCAAGACACCUACCGCCUGGUGUCCAGCGAUGACUUUGGCCAUGAUGAGUACUCCACCCAAUCUCUGGUCAAGAAACAUAAAGGAGUGGUGGAUGAGAUUGACAAGCACCGAACAGCUGUCCUGGCCCUGCGCAAGCAACUGGGUGCUCUGGCGCCUGAAUACCAUGAGUUGGUAGAUGUGCAGAUCCGUAUUGUGGAGGUGGAGCAGUUGUAUGGGGAAGUGGUUGAAGUGGCUGUGCUGCGACGCCAGUGGUUGCAAGAUGCCCUGGCAGUCUACCACAUGUUCAGUGAGGUUAACGCCUGCGAAGUUUGGAUUGACGAAAAAGAGCAGUGGCUCAACCGGAUGGACGUUCCCCAGAAAUUGGAAGAUGUUGAGGUGGUGCAGCACCGGUUUGAAAGUCUGGACCAAGAGAUGAACAGCCUAAUGGGUCGGAUUUUAGAUGUCAACCAGAUUGUGCAGCAGUUGGUCGAUGGGGGCCACCCAAGUUCUUCUGAAGUCCGGUCCUGCCAGGACCACCUGAACAGCAGGUGGAACCGGGUGGUCGAGCUGGUGGAGCACAAGAAGGACCAUCUCAACUCCAUCCUAAAGAUCCAGAACUACCUACUGGAAUGCAAUGAGAUCAAGUCCCAGAUCCGGGAGAAGCGCAAGGCUGUUGAGUCUACUCAGUACAACACCGGUGACUUGGGCAGCGUCCUCUCCCUCCAGAGACGCCUCUCCACCAUGGAAGCUGCCCUGGUGGUCCUGGAGCCCCGGCUGAUUGAGCUGCAACAGGAAGGAGAGCUGCUGGCAAACACACACCCGGCUCAGGCGAUGGAGAUCUUGAUGCAGUUUGAGGAAAUCAGUGAGGAAUGGGACGCAUUGAAGAGGACUCUGCAGGGCUGUGAGGACUCACUCACGGUAGCCAGCAGGUUGCAGCAGUUCAUCCAAGAUCUAGACAGCUUUCUCACCUGGCUGGUGAAAACACAGGCAGCCGUGGCCUCGGACGAGCUGCCAGGGAACCUUUCUGAGGCCGAGAAGCUGCUGAACCACCACGCCUCGCUUAAGGAGGAGAUCAACCGCUACGAAGAGGACUACACGAAGAUCCAGGCAGUCAAUGAUGUGCUAGCCCUGGAGGAAGCUGACCUCCCUUACCUCUCGCUCCAGCAGUGGUUGCAGAAGCUUGAUGUGGGCUGGAACAAGCUUCUGGAGAUGUGGGAGAACCGGCGAGAAGUCUUGGUCCAGGCUCAUAUCUUCUUCCUCUUCCUACGAGAUGCCAAGCAGGCUGAGGCUUGCCUGUACAACCAGGAAACCACAUUGGCACAUGCCAAGGUGCCCACAACGGUGGAAGCGGCGGAGAAGGCCAUCAAAAAGCACAGGGACUUCAUGACAACCAUGGAGCUCAACUUGCAGAAGACCACGACGGCCCUAAACGCUGGCAAGAGCCUGAUCCGACAGGGUAACAUCUACAGCGAGCAGGUGAAGGAGAAGAUGGAAGCCCUACAGGCAAAGAGUGAAAGAAAUGUGCAGCGGGCCCAAGCCUGGAUGCAGCACCUCUGUGACCACUUGGAGCUGCAGCGCUUUUUGCAGAACUGCCAUGAGCUCGAUGGCUGGGUGGCCGAGAAGGAGGCUCUGAUGGCCGGCGAGGGCUCUUCUUGGAAGCAGCAGCACCCGCAGCAGGAGCAGCAUCCGCAGCAUCCGCAGCAUCCGCAGCAGCCGCCUUUGCAGCGGGCUCCCAAGCGAUGGCUCCGGCACCGCGCCUUCAUGGCUGAACUGGCCCAGAACAAGGAGUGGCUGCGCAAGAUUGAGAAGGAAGGCCAGCAACUGAUCGAAGAGAAGCCGGAGCUUGCGGAAACGGUUCGGAAGAAACUGGGCGAGAUCCGGCAGUGCUGGGCAGAGCUGGAGUCCACCACGCAAGCCAAAGCCCGGCAGCUGCUGGAAGCCACCAAGGCUGACCAACUGGUGCAGAACUACACUGACCUCGACAAGCGGCUGCUCCGAAUGGAGAGCCAGGUGCAUAUGAUUGAUCCUGGGCCAGACUUGACCAGUGUCAACAGCAACCUCAAAAAGCUACAGAGCAUGGAGUCACAGGUGGAAGAGUGGUACAAAGAAGUGGGGGAGCUGCAGGCCCAGGUGGCUAAUCUCCCCCUAGAAGCCACCAGCAUGGAAAUGGUAGAGGAGAGGCAGAACAUGGUUGGGACGCGCAUCGUGCGCCUCAUUGAGCCGCUCAAGGAGCGCCGGAGAAUCCUGCUGGCCUCCAAGGAAGUGCACCAAGUCAGCCACGACCUGGAGGAUGAGAUUCUCUGGGUACAGGACCGUCUGCCACUAGCCACACUGAAGGACCAUGGGAGCAACCUGCAAACAGUCCAACAGUUCAUCAAAAAGAACCAGAAUCUGCGUCGAGAGAUCCAGGUGCACAAACCCCGGAUGGAUGACGUCCUGGAGCGUGCCACCAGCAUUGCCACCAUCAAGAGCCCCGAGGUUGAUCCUGUCCGUCUCCUGCUGGAGAAGCUCUCAGAGUUGUGGAUAACCCUCCAGGAGGAGACGGAGCGGCGGCAGCAUCUCCUGGAUGCAACCUACCAGGUGGAGCAGUACUACUUUGAUGUGGCCGAGGUCGAAUCCUGGCUGAGUGAACAAGAGCUCUUUAUGAUGAAUGACGAGAAAGGCAAGGAUGAACAAAGCACCCUCCAGCUGCUGAAGAAGCACCUGAUGACAGAACAGACUGUGGAGAAUUACGCAGAGACUAUUGCCCAAUUGUCACGGCAAUGCCGAGCUUUGCUAGAGCUGGGCCACCCUGACAGCGAACAGAUCAGCAGACGGCAAUCCCAAGUCGACCGGCUCUAUGUCUCGCUGAAGGACUUGGUGGAGGAGCGCAAGGCCAAGUUGGAGCAGCAGUACUGGCUCUACCAGCUCAACCGUGAAGUGGACGAGCUGGAGCACUGGAUCGCAGAGAAGGAGGUGGUGGCAGGGUCACCUGAGCUGGGGCAGGACUAUGAGCAUGUGACGCUCCUGCAAGAGAAGUUCACUGAGUUUGCCAGCGAGACGGGCAGCAUUGGCAACGAGAGGAUCUCAGCCGUCAACCAGAUGGUGGAUGAGCUCAUUGACUAUGGGCACGCGGAUGCCGCCACCAUCGCCGAGUGGAAAGAUGGAGUGAACGAGGCCUGGGCUGACCUGCUGGAGCUGAUGGAGACGCGGGCACAGAUGCUGGCGGCCUCCCAUGAAUUGCACAAGUUCUUCAAUGACUGCAGGGAGGUGCACUCCCAGAUUGAGGAGAAGAAGCAGCGUCUGCCGGAAAUCACAUCCCGGGAGUCCAAGACCUCGGCUGGCACUUUGCAGAGGAUGCUGAACUCUUUUGAACAUGAUGUCCAGAUCCUGGUGUCUCAGGUGCGGCAGCUUCAGGAGGUGGCAGCCCAGCUGCGGACUGUGUAUGCAGGUGAGAAUGCCGAGGCCAUUGCCACCAAGGAGCAGGAGAUGAUGCGUUCCUGGAAGGAGCUGCUGACAUCAUGUGAAGACUGCCGGCUGCAGAUCACCACCACCACUGACAAGAUGCGCUUCACCAGCAUGGUCCGGGACCUCAUUUCCUGGAUGGACACCAUUAUCUGCCAGAUUGGCACUGGCGAGAAACCCAGGGAUGUGUCCUCAGUGGAAGUCCUGAUGAAUUAUCACCAGGGCCUCAAGAGCGAGAUUGAGACUCGCAACAAGAACAUUGCUGCCUGUGUGGACCUGGGCAAGACACUGGUGCUGAACAAGAGCCCAGCCUCUGAAGAAAUUAAGCUGCACCUGGAAAGAUUGAUGACAAAGAAGAAGGAGAUGGUGGACAAAUGGGACCGGCAUUGGGAGUGGCUGCAGCAAAUGCUGGAAGUCCACCAAUUUGCCCAGGAAGCUGUUGUGGCGGAUGCUUGGCUGACAGCUCAGGAGCCAUUGCUGAAGAGCCGGGAGCUGGGGAACAGUGUGGAUGAGGUGGAGCAGCUCAUUCGGCGCCACGAGGCCUUCCGCAAAGCAGCUGCGGCUUGGGAGGAGCGCUUCAGCUCCCUGCGGCGUCUCACUACGAUUGAGAAGCUGAAGGCUGAGCAGAGCAAGCAACCUCCCACUCCACUCCUGGGCCGCAAGAUCUUUGCUGACCCCUCCGAGCACAGCAACAAGGCCUCCACGCUCUUGCGCCAGGACGCCUUGCGGGGUCGCAUAGAGGUCCAGCCACUCCUCAACGGGGUCAAGCCAGAGCCCUUGGAGCGGGUGGAAGCCAAGGUGGCAUAUGUACGCCAGGAGCUGAAGCCAGAGCGUCUGCAGCCUAAAAUUGACCGCCUGCAAGAGGGGCUAGUAACCGUUGCAGAGGUCAAAGUCCAGGAGAAAGCAGGGGAGAUCAAGGCCGUGGUGGAGGACGCGAUCAAGGCCCCAGUCAGUGCAGUCAGUGCGUUAACGGAGCAACUGGGGACUAAGGUGAGCCGGGUGGAGACGCAUGUGGAGAGGCACCGGGAGCGUUAUGAACGCCGGCUGGAGAGGCAAGAGUCUACCGAGCAGGAUGGUCCGCGUCAUGAGCAGUCGGAGCGCCGGAGGGAGAGGCGGGAGCGUCGGCUGGAGCGUCAGGAGUCCAGCGAGCAGGAGACUCCACGGCGGGAGAGGCAUGAGCGUCGGCUGGAGCGGCAAGAGUCCAGCGAGCAGGAAGUGCUGCGCAGUGACCCCAAAGGAGGCGGCAAGGCUACCCUUGCGGACAUUGUAGAGCAGCUCCAGGAGAAAGAGUCCACAGUGCCGGCCCCGUCUGCAACACCACCUCCAACCACAUCUCGUGACCGGGAAUCCCCUGCCCGCCUGCCCAAUGGCCUUGACAUGUUGCCAGAGAGGACGCCUCGACCAGACCGGCCCCGCGCUCGCGACAGGCCCAAGCCCCGCCGGAGGCCACGGCCCAAGGACCCCAAUGCGGCGCCAGGGGAAGGCCGCCGAUCCCGUUCAGCCCCUGCCCAGAGCAGUGCGCCGCCACCGCCUCCCCCAACGCACACGAUCCAGCAGGAGGGAUACCUUCUCCGCAAGCUGGAGCUGGAUGGGCAAAACAAGAAAGCCUCCAACAGGUCUUGGAUCAACCUCUACUGUGUCAUUAGCAAAGGGGAACUGGGUUUCUACAAGGAUUCCAAGGGACGGGAAUCCGGCAGCACACACAGCAACGAGCCCCUCCUGAACCUGCACAACGCCACCAGCGAGGUGGCCAACGACUACAAAAAGAAGAAGAACGUGCUCAAGAUCAAGAUCAAUGAUGGGGGCGAAUUCCUCUUGCAAGCCAAGGAUGAGGAGGAGAUGAAGACUUGGCUGACAGCUCUGACCAGCUCAAUUGCGGAACAUGCUGAGAUUGCUCGGUGGGGCCAGGCCCUACUCACGACCUCCUCGACGGACGAAGGCAACCCAAAACGGGACCCUGACCGCCGGGCCAGUACCUCAGGCAGAAAGAAGUGAGAGGCCGUGGCUGCUCCUCCUCCUCGGGGCCUGGAGGCUGCAAGACGUUGCCCCAGUGUCCAAGCCAGCCACUCUGUGCCCACAGAGGCCUGUGACCGUGGGAACUGCCUUUGCCAGACUUGAGAUCAUUUCAGAGCACAGGGAGGACUUUGGGAAGGGGGGCAGGCGAGGCCUGGCUUCUGUCAUCCUGGAAAGCCAAAGCUCCCAAAGAGAAGAUGAGAGCCAAGCUGACCCUGAAGACGGAGCUGCCUUGUCAGCUCCUUGCUUUAAAUCUGGUGCCUGGUUGAACCAGUCAAAGCUGUGCAAUCAGAGAACAGGGUGCAGUGGGUGUGGGGAAGGGACAAGAAGACCCAUGCUUCCCAUCUGCCAAGAUCAACAGGGAGCGAGAACCAAGAGUGUAGCCUUCUUUGCUCAGUCUUGGUUGCCAAGAACAACCUGGCACUCUUUUUGGGUCUUGUUUCCUGGUGUCCCACCCAGUGGUGCAUUGUCAUCUGAACCUCAGCACCUGAGCCAAAAGCAUCCAUGGGCUCUUUCACUCCAUCCCUUCUCUGAAAUGUCUGCAUCUCCCUUGCACUCGGCAGCCUCUGCCCGAUCCCUUGAGAUGGUGGGGUGCAGCCAACUUAAGGGGUGGCAGAGGAAGGCUACACCUUUAGUCUCUUCUGCCUUUUCUGGGGAUGCCAAGGGGAAGCCUUGGAGAGCUCUUCAGAGCAGUCCCCUCCUUUCUUCUUUCCAGCUUCAUGUCUUCCGAUCAGUUGCAGAACCUGCACGAAACGGUGCUGCUGUGGGUGCAAAGUACUCCUCAAGCAGUGAGCGGAGCAGCUGGGCAUAUUUGCGAGCGCUCGCUUGGGCACUGUCCCGAAUUGCUCUGCCUGUGUAUCCUGCUCUCCAUCUGUCUGUCUGCAUCCAUAGGCACUUCCUUUGACAAGAUGCAUUGCUCCAAAGCAAAAUGCUCACAUAGCCCCCUCACUGCUAUCCCCACUACAUGCAGAUAGGAAGAGGAAGGGUCUGCUGUGGGCUGUACGUAGGUGGAGGAGGGAGUGCCAACCCAGUUCCCUUUCAUUCACAUCCAGGUCUGGUUUAGCUGCUGAUUCUGCUUUGCAGCCAUCUGUCUGUGUCUCUGAUGCCCCUCUCCCUGUGUCCUCCCUCCAUAGUAGCCUUGCAACAGUCCAGCGCUUUGAGUCAAUCUACUUUUAUGACCCCCUCAGGGAUGGACUGCAAACAUCGAAAGGGGAAGAGGGUGCCUGGGAUGAGUAUCUUUCUCCACAGGCCUCCCAAACAUCAGGGAGACUCAAGGGUUCUGCUGCCCGCAGGGAGUGGCAUCUUUGAGCUUGACCUGGAGCUUGGGACAAAUUGACAUCCAGAAGCCAGGGAUGCCUCUUCUCAAGGCUGGGCAGCACACAGACAGCACAAGGUCACGUAACAGCAGCACAAGAGAGGGGUGACCAGGUAGAUGCAGCUUUGCCACUGUUCUUAACAAGCCAUAAUCCCCUGCGACAAGGGAGGGGCUCGCCUCUUUCGGCACAGAGAUGUAUUUUUAUGCAAUAAGAUGGCAGGCGAGCUGGAGAUGACAAAGGAACACGGCAAAGUAGAGAACUUGCACCUGGAUAUGUGACAAGGCAUCAGCUGCCUCCUGUCAUGAGCUCCACCAAAGCCCGGGUCAUUUAGCUGGGAGGCCUAGGGAGAGAUUUGGUGUGCCUUUUGUCAACUGCCCAAACCCUUGAGGUUGUGGCAGUGAAGAGAGCACAUGUUGAGCAACCUGAUCCAGGUGGGACAAAGCCCAAAGCAGCCCAGGAUAGUCGGGGUGUCAUUUGGGGAUGGGAAGUUCCUAUAACCUUUCAGGUUUGAUCCAGUGUAACAAGAUGUAUGACCUCAGCUCUGCUGAUCUUUCUCCUACUACCAGAGAGGAAAUGAGAAUGCAACAGUGAGGUUUGAUGACCUGCAACAAAGUUCAAAUACGAAACCUCAUGCCAUUCUCGACGAUCCUUUUCCAUGAGAGGCAAAACAUAUCUUUCACGGCUUUGUUACGAUGGGUCAUGGCUGGGUAAGUUCAGCACCCUUGUGUGUUGAAGCCACACAUUUCUGGCACUGAAAGUGAUCAGAAGCUAUACUUGCAAAUCCCACCUGCUUCCACCACACGCUGGUGCCUCUCAGCAAAUGUGAACGACAGACUUGCAGAUCUUGAACGUGGUCUCGGGUGAUCUUGCAAAUAAAACGAACCAUGUUGAGAGUCCGGGUGCCGUUGAGGCUCACUGUUGGCUUUGCCCUAAAUCCUCACCCCGCAGGAUGUGGUUUGGAGUCGGUUCCCACUCCCGAAUCCAGCUGCAUGCUCGAUCAGUGAGAGACCCAUGAAUUAGCUAUAAAGCCUGGUGGAACUCAGGUUGUUGAAUCCUUGAUCCUGUGAUCUGAUAAGUCGGGAGCAGCUUCUUCCAGCAGUAUUACGUGUAUCCAAAAUGGGACCUGACCUGAUCCGGCCUCCCUUGUUCCAGGUGUAGUUCCCACCUUGCUCCCCUGAAGCCGGGGCAGAUUCAUCUGUUAAUGCUUCCGCUCCCCUCGCCUUCCUUGAUUGUUCAGAAGCCUGUAAAAUAUUGUAAUUGCUUUAAAUAAGGGUUUCUUUCUUUUCUUCUUUUUUUGUCUUGUAUAGAAAAAGAAUCACCAAAAUUGGAGCAUUUGGGGUUGCAUUUUUCUCUUUUCUCUUUGGCUGUAAAUCUUUCUGAAGACUUGUGUUUUUCAAAACAGAGACCAAUUUGUAAAGAUUUCAGAUUUUUGGUUGCAUGA